AAUCAUUCUGUGACGCCAGCAUUCAAACCGACACUACUGCUUCUCUCUCCGUCUCCCUCAUUCUUCCAGACUGUUUUAUCUCUAGUCUUUUAAUUUCUCUGUGAGAGGAGAGGAGGACUAUCGUACGUUCUUUCUCCAAGAUCUGCUAACCUAGUUUGGGUCCAGUUGGUUCUGUACUGGCCAAGUGGCGAUCCAUUUCUGACUGACGUUGGUUUCUUAUUUGGAGUCUUUUGAAAUUGUGAUACAAUUUGAUGAGUUGGGGCACCGUAAUUUAAUUUGUUUUUCAAGUGAUGAUUCGUGUUUUGGGGAGGAAGGGACAGUUUCAUUUGGCCACAUACGUUUUGAGAAUCGAGAAUAAUUAAUAGCUGUAUUAUCAUCCUAUUUUAUUUGUGAAAUUGAUGAACUUCCUUCUUUUUAAUAAUAAUUUCUCCAGUUACUAUUGGCGCCGCUAGGGCUGCGUUUGUUUAGCUGACAAGAAUCUUCUUUUACAAAGUCAGUAUCUCCUUCGAAUUGAAGAACCAGCACCUAUCCCCAGCCAGCUGCCGGCCCCCGCAAAAUGAAGAACCAGUAUCAGCAACAACAACAACAACAUCAACGACAAUCACCACGAAGCUCCAUAGUACCCAAGCUCUUCAGUGCCCGGUUACAGAUACUGAACCCUCUUUCAUAUUUCGUUUUCUUUGGCUUGGGUUUGGCCCUUGGAGUCGUAGUAGGUUUCUCUCUAAAGGAUUCGCCAUUCAAUUUUCAAGUCAGCCUGUUUCCUGUCUCUUCUUCGCCAUCAUCACUGUCAGUGUUACCUCUAGUACCGCAGAAACAACCAUCCUCGGCGGCGCGCAUUGGGUUGAAAGAAUAUUUGAAACCGCCUACUGUUAUGCACGACAUGGACGAUGAGGAAUUGCUGUGGAAAGCAUCAAUGACGCCUGGGGUACGUAAAUACCCUUACAAGCGGGUUCCAAAGGUUGCCUUCAUGUUCUUAACCAGGGGACGAUUGGCAAUGGCUCCUCUGUGGGAGAUGUUCUUCAAGGGUCACGAAGGCCUCUACUCAAUCUACGUCCACUCCAAUCCCAACUUCAAUGAAUCAGAAGCUGAGAGUCCUGUAUUUCAAGGCCGGAGGAUCCCCAGUAAGGAGGUGCAAUGGGGAAAAUUUAACAUGAUACAAGCUGAGCGGCGCCUACUGGCAAAUGCCCUACUUGACUUUUCCAAUCAAAGAUUCAUUCUGCUAUCGGAGGCGUGCAUUCCCCUCUUCAAUUUCUCUACCGUCUACAACUAUCUCAUUGGAUCUAACAUGACAUUUGUAGAGGCUUACGAUGAACCAGGCCCAGUGGGUCGUGGCCGAUAUAAUCACCGGAUGAAGCCACUUAUCACCCUCGAUCAAUGGCGAAAGGGUGCUCAGUGGUUUGAGAUGGACCGAGACCUCGCCAUCGAGAUAGUCUCCGACGUCAAAUAUUUCUCUGUGUUUGGGAAAUACUGCAAAGGUUCAUGUUAUUCGGAUGAACACUAUAUACCAACAUUUGUGAGUGUGAAUUUCUGGGAGAAGAAUUCAAACAGAACCUUGACUUGGGUUGAUUGGUCAAGGGGAGGACCGCACCCUACUAGGUUUAUCAGAACAGAUGUAACUAUUGAGCUUUUAGAGAUGAUGAGGACUGCAACAACUUGCAAGUACAAUGGGAAUACAACCAACAUUUGCUAUCUAUUUGCAAGGAAGUUCUAUCCCAAUUCUUUGGACAGGUUGUUGAGGUUUGCUCCAAAGGUCAUGAUGUUCAACAGCUGAUGUGUAUACAAAAUUUCUCGGUCACAUAUUGAUUGAUUUGUAGGUCUGUUGAUAAUUUUAGGUCAGCACAAGGAAAUCAUGUUCUAGUUUAAUUUCCUUGUGCAAAAUUUCUCUUGUUCAUUUAGGGCAGAUUGAAACCCUAUUGUAUAACAUGGUUCUUCACUAUCUCUGAGGACUCCUAACUCAUAAUCUUGAUUGGUUCGACGUGUGAAUAGUAGGGAAGAGUGGUCAUGUAUCUCUAACGAUAAAGUUACA